AUGGCAGAAAGCAGUCGAACUCCCCAAGCGCGAUUACCAAAUGAGGUCCCCAACACUAUUGUCGAAUGUACCUGCAACCGGCGAGGCCAAACGGCGAUUUUCCAGGCCAAUGCGCAAGGCAACCUACACAAUUACCUCGAAACUGGAUGGCAACACUUUCUUCAACAACAAGAAGGUCUAAACAAUGAUCCGCAACCCAGUCUAUGGGAUGCAGAAUAUUCGCCAUACUGGUCCCGCAUGAAAGAAGUAUUCUGCAACCAAACACAUUGCAUUUACAGUCCCAACUAUACGACUUCGAUGUUACCUAGCCAAGGCUGCUACAGUGCCCUGAUAGCAGCGAUCAGAGCCCAAUCAGCGGAGAACGUUGAACUUUUGCUGAAACUAGGCGCGAAGUCGGACGGAUACCAAACCGCAUCCUUCGAGGCCUGGCAAGCGUUAUUUCUUCGUUUCCGACCGGAGAUUGACCUCAAUAGCUUCUACAAUAACAUAUGGAAUGAUGAUAGAAGCGUUCAAAGUUUAAUCGAUAUCCGGAGACAACAGACAAUUCAUAUUACCGAGGCUGAAGUGGAGUGCCGACUGUUGUUAGAAUUCUGGAGAGGAUGGACAGCAGCGCAAUGCCUUUGCGACGACUAUCCGAAUUUUGGGCAUCCCCUGGUUAUUGCAGCUGGGUCGGGACUAGUCACAGUAGUGGACCAGCUUCUCGCUACAGACGCGGAUCGCUCGUUCUGGACAGCUUUUCCCGCUUUGGAACAUAUACCGGAACAACCGACAUCCUCGUCUCUCGCGCUUUCCUCCCCAAUUCAUGAGGCCAUCUCAAGCGGCAAUGAGGGUAUAGAGAUUAUUAAUCAUCUACUCGAAGCUGGCUUCAAUCCUAAUGUUCUUCCGCUGGGGGACGUUCAUACCAGCAUCACCCCUUUAAUGGCAACUUUCCUUCAGUGUGAACCCUGGAAUGAAAUGGCGUACAGUGUCCUAGCAGAUAAUCCACGUAUCGAUUUCAGCAUCUGCACUCCAUACCUCCUUGUCCACAUAUUACAUGUGGCGACAGCACAUUCCCUACAGGCUCUACAACGUGUCGAAGAGAGUGUUCCCCUCGAAGCUGCUGGUGCAACGGCCGCAGGUCACACUCUCCUUCAUAUCGCUUGUAUGUCGUCAAUGAUCCAAACUCAUGCAUCCAAGGCACAUGCAUCCAUCCAUAAUCUCCGAUGGAAGCCCAAAGAGUCAUCACUCGCGCAAUGCGAGGUGGCGUUCCUGGCUCAAUUGGAGUUACUGCGUUAUCUUUUGUCUUCGGGGUUUAAGCCGUAUGUAGCGUUCCAAGACUCGGACCAGAAUACUCCACUUCAUUAUUUGGCUGGAGCGCGAGCCAUCAACGAGGAUGCAAUUCAACUACUUCGUGGGCUACCAGAGGGUGAGAUGGUGUGGCGAGAGGUGAAGAAUUGGUACGGGUAUACUGCCGAGGAAAUUUGGGAACAGAAUCGUCGCGUCAGAACGCGAAAGGAUAACUGGUACGGAGAAACAACACACAAGGUGGCAAAGAUGCCAAAGCUUCAUAUGUAA